AAUUUACAAUUAGUUUGAAAUUUCGACUAGAAAAAUGACUGAAGAUUUUUUUAGGGUGUUUUUAAGUUUUUUGUGAGUUGUGACUCCUAUAACCUUCAACAUUUGCGAUGGUAGACAAACGUCAGACGUCUGUUUUAUUUGAAAGUUUUUCAAUAGUUUUAAACACUUUAAAAGAAUUGCAUAUUUCAGUUGAUGUGAUAUGUUAUUAAUUUAUAAAUUUAUCAAUUUUCCUUUCUCUUUAAAAACAAAAAAAAAACCUAUCAAGUUUAAUUUAUCAUAAAUCGGUAUCGAAGAUAUGCGCAAAGUGGCUGCGCGAAAAGGGUGAUUUUGUGUGUUUUGAAAGAAAGAGAUCAGUUUAUGCAAGAUGGCCGACCGGGUGACUUCGGCCUUUUGUUACCUCUCCUUUCUUUUGUACCUAUUUCUUUUAAUACAUUGUAAUUGCGGUGAAAGAUUUGGUGAUAAAUCAAAGACUUUACAUAUUACUGAGGAUAAAGAUGAAACACGUUACAAAAAAUCGUUUAUUAUCGAGAGAAAUAAUGUUAUUGAUGACACAGACCGAACGUCAUUUAGAACGCGUAGAGAUGCAUCUUCGGCAAACGAAUCAAAAAUCGAAACCAAGGGUCAAGAACAGACAUUGAAAACUGGACCGGAGAUACCGGGAUCGGUGAAUGCGCUCAAUGACUCUCAUCAACAGCUGAUGGUUCAUUGGGUCGGCGAAGGGUCCAGUAUUAUAAUAUGUCUUGCCCGAGAUAGUUUGUCACAAUUGAAUAAGAACAAUAAAAAUGUAAUAGCAAGUCAUCCGAGUGCUGUUUACAUAAGUUACGAUUAUGGCGAUUCGUUUGAUAAUAAAACGGAGAAAUUUAAAAUAUCGGAAGAGAAAAAUUCUUCUUACGCCAGUGUCGACAAGUUUUAUAAUCAUCCGACAUUUAACGAAUUUUGCGUUUUUGCCGAUAGUACGAAUAAAUUAAUUUUUAUAACACGAAAUUCUGGUCACAAUAUUACGAGAAUUGAAGUUCCAUUUACGCCGAGUGAAAUUUCUUUUGACGAUGAACAUUAUUAUUUUAUGGUGUUGGAUAAAGUUGACCGUAAACGAAGGCUUUGGUUAACAAAAGAUUUUGGCAACACUUGGACUGUUGUUCAUGAAUUUGUGAAAGCAUUUUACUGGACAACUGAGCGGCCCAAAUCAUUGAUAAUUGAACGCGCUGAAGCAUUGGGUCGAAAUACGGUUGUUAAUUUAGGCACAGUGCAACUUUGGUCUAGCCGAAAUUACUCACGAGUGAUUACUGGAGUUGAAGAUUUUCAAAUUCGAGGAGAUUACAUGUUUGCGACGAAAAAAUCACGAACGGGAAAUUUGGAUCUGUACGUCUCAUUUAAAAAUCAGAAUUUUGUGAAAGCCCAGUUUGACAGAGGAUUGCCAGCUCUUGAUUUUCACAUUGCCGAUGUUUCACACAAUCGUAUUUUCGUUGCGGUUUCACAUAGCGACACGCUGGUUAAUCUUUACAUUUCCGAAGUAGUUGAUAAUCGUCAAGCUUCGUUUGUUUUAUCACUCGAGGGGAUUUUCACAUUUUUCCCAAACAGCACUUGGACGGAAAGUUGGUUAAAUGAAGUUGCCGACGAAACUUUCACGGAUCUUUAUAAAGUUGAAGGUCUUCGUGGAAUUUACAUUGCCACUCAAGUAAAAGGUGCUCCAAAGUCAGUGAGUAUUGGACCAGAACAUUUAAUAUCGUUGAUAACGUUCGAUCAUGGAGCAACUUGGGGUCUUAUCAAUCCACCGCAAUACAAUUACAAGGGUUAUUAUUUGCAUUGUCCGAAAAAUUGCUCCUUACAUCUUGGACAGAAAUUUUUCCAAUUAUAUCCAGUGACAAGGGCGGCAUCAAUAAUGAGUUCAAAGUCGGCGCCUGGUAUAAUAAUGGCAACUGGAACUGUUGGAACGAGCAUUAAAGGUCAUCCAGCUCUUUACAUGUCGAGAGAUGCGGGUCUCACUUGGAAACAAGUGUUGGAGGACUAUUAUUUUUUCAAUAUGGGCGAUCAUGGCGGUGUUUUGGUGGCCGUUAAAUAUUUCAAAUCUCGCGGUGAGACUCGAGAAAUUUUGUACUCGACAAAUGAGGGAGAAAGUUGGCAAUCGCACGAAUUCACUUAUAAUGUGCUGAGAAUUUAUGGAUUGAUGACGGAACCUGGUGAGAAUACUACGACUUUUACGAUGUUUGGAUCGGGUGUUGGACAGCAUCAGUGGUUGAUUAUUAAGAUUGAUUUGAGAACGGCAUUCACGAAAGUCUGUGAGAAGGAUGAUUUUAAAUUUUGGAGUCCAAGCACACCGAGGGAAUCGCUGUCGACUUGUGUUUUGGGAAGGAAGGAAAUUUAUCAGAGGAGAGCUGCAAAUAUUCAGUGCUACAUUGGUGUUAAUUACAAUAGGCCCGUUAAAAUUGAUACAUGUCCCUGUGAUGCGAACGAUUAUCAAUGUGAUUUUGGAUUCGUGCGAGAGACAAAUCAAUCUUCACUCUCUUUUCGAUGCAUUCGAAACAAAACAUCGGAAUAUAAUCCUUAUAGAAUUCCUGAGCUUUGCCCACCUGGAGAAUUUUAUAAUCGAACAAAAGGUUAUAUUAAAAUUCCAAAUGAUGAUUGCGUAGGUGGACGUUCCACUUUUUAUGAACCAGAUCAGAUACCAUGUCCAAUGGCAGAAUUAGGAGAAUUUUUAUUGGUUGCACAACGAGAGCAUAUUUCUAGAAUUGAUUUGGAAACGAAAAAAUUGGAAAAAUUACCCGUUCACGGUUUAAAGAAUGUUAUUGCAAUUGAAUUUGAUAUGAGAAAUAAUUGCCUGUAUUGGGCAGAUAUUGUAAAUGACACGAUUGGAAGGCAAUGUCUUUCGAACGGCUCAAGUUACCCUGAAAUUCUAGUUGAGACUGAUCUUAGUUCUAUUGAGGGAAUGGCUCUGGAUUGGGUUUCAAAUGUACUUUAUUUUGUUGACGGUGUAAAAAUGAGAAUUCAAAUAAUCAGAACUGACAUCAAUUCAAUGGGACGAAUGAGAAGAACAAUAUUGGGACCAAAUAAUUUACAAAAACCAAGAGGAAUCGCUGUACAUCCAUCGAGGGGAUAUAUUUUCUGGACCGAUUGGGCGCCUGGUAAUGCAUCAGUCAAUCGGGCCAAUAUGGAUGGUACCAAUUUCAAGCAAUUAUUCCACGAGUCCGUUGAAUGGCCAAAUGGAAUCACUAUUGAUCACAUGGCAGAGCGUAUUUACUGGGUGGACGCAAGGGAAGAUUACAUUGGUUCAGCUGACUUUGACGGGAAGAAUUUCAAGAAAAUAAUCUCUCAAGAUGAACGUGUCUCACAUCCAUUUGCCGUUGCCGUAUUGAAGGACAAUAUGUACUGGGACGAUUGGAAGCAAUCGAUGAUUUUCACCGCCGACAAGGAUCAUGGUAGAAAAAUAACAACAAUUAUUGGCCAACUCACUGGUCUAAUGGAUCUAAAAGUUUUCGCUCACAGUGUACAAACAGGAACAAAUCCCUGUGUGAACAGUACAUGCUCUCAUAUUUGCUUAGGCGCACCAGAUGGUUUUGUUUGCCUCUGUCCCGACGGUAUGGUAAUGACAAACGGCAAAUGCAUGUGUCCCGGUGGGAUUGCACCAUUUAGCAAUUCAACAUGUCCAAAAAUAGCAAACACCUGCUCGAGCAAUCAAUUCGAGUGCGACAAUGGUGUUUGUAUACCGGAAUUUUGGAAAUGCGACGGCGACAAUGAUUGUGGGGAUAAUUCGGAUGAGAGUCUGUGCAGUAGAACGACGUGCAGUCCGAAUACGUUUGAGUGCGAUGAUAAUAAAUGUAUUCCGAUCUAUUGGGUUUGUGAUUUGGACAGAGAUUGUAGGGAUGGGAAGGAUGAGAUGAAUUGCACUUAUUCGAAUUGUACCGAUUCGCAAUUUAAGUGCGAUAAUGGGCGGUGUAUUUCGCAUCGAUGGUUGUGUGACGGGGAGGAUGAUUGCAGAGAUGGAUCGGAUGAGAGGAAUUGCACGAUUCCGGUGCAGCCGAGUACUUGUAAGUCGGAUGAGAUUCAGUGCACGAAGGAGCAUAUGUGUAUACCGAGAACUUGGAAGUGCGAUGGGGAGAAGGAUUGUGAGGACGGAUCGGACGAGGCUGAUUGUCAGAGUAUGAAGUGCGAGUCGUGGCAGUUUGAUUGUCAGGAUCAGAAUCAACAGCAUCGGUGUAUUUAUCGAUCGUGGGUUUGCGAUGGAGAUAAAGAUUGCAAUAACGGACUGGACGAGCAGAAUUGUACACAGACCUCGGCACCGCCUUUAUUCCCGCCUAGUUUGCCGACGAAUUCCUGCAAUGAUUGGAUGUUUAGGUGUCAUAACAAGAAGUGUGUUCCUUACUGGUGGAAGUGUGACAGUGUCGAUGAUUGUGGAGAUAAUUCGGACGAGCUCGGAUGUGGGAAUCCGGAUGUGACGACGGAUCGUCCUAGUUUUACGGAACAUCCUCGUGUGUGUCAACCGCAUCAAUUCCAGUGCUACGAUGGCGAUUGUAUUGAGCAGGCUUGGGUUUGCGACGGUUCGCCCGAUUGUAAGCUGAAUGAGGACGAGUUGCAUUGCGAGGGAACGCAUAUCGGUUGUCGUGACGAUCAAUUCAUGUGUCGAACUGAUGGAAAUUGUAUUUCGGCGGACAAUGUCUGUAAUGGACACGAAGAAUGUCCGGAUGGAAGUGACGAGUACGGUUGUCAUGGCGAUGAGAAUCCAAACCUACCGACAAUGUCGCCUUGCGUACAAGGGAGAUUCCUCUGCGAUGGAGGACUCUGUCUUCCACUCGCUCAUAAAUGUGACGGAAAACCCGAUUGCUUCGAUGGAUCCGAUGAAAUGAAUUGCGAACAAAAUACAAGAGUCUAUCAAGUUAUUAUCAUGAAGGUCGAUGAGCGAACCACCGAGGCGAAUAGUAUCCACUUGCACUGGUGGAUGUCGACCCCAAAUAAUACGAUUCUCGAAUUUUUGCCAUCGAUCGCACCAGCCAAUGAAAUAAACCCCAAGUGGACGAAUGCUACAAGUUGGUUACAGGGUUUGAAUUACCAAUUUACUGAUUUAACCCCAUACACCCGAUACAACAUGACAGUUUUUGUCAGAAUAAAGGGUUCGAAAACAGUUUUUCCACCCGGUAACUACCACAUCGGAGUGACAAAAGAAGGAGUGCCAACCGAACCUUACGAAGUUACUGUCGAUCAGAAAAAUGGCUCUCGAGUUGAAAUUUCAUGGCGGGCACCAGCUCAUCCCAAUGGCGUUAUAAUUGGAUACGAUGGAUUCAUAACUCCACCGAUUCCACCCAUGAAAUAUUCCCUACAAAAAACAUCAGUUUCAAUCGAUUUGGCAUUUGAACCGGGAAAGAAUUAUUCCUUCUGGGUAAUUGCGAAGAAUAAAAGAUAUCAAAGUAAUACAUCAAAGGUGGUGACCUUGACAUUUGAUGGCGCUUCAAAUAUCGAUGACAUCAAGAAUUUGGAAGUGAUUGGGGAAAAAACGACAAACAAUUCGGUUACAUUGAAAUGGCAGAAGGUUCCCGAUGUUGAUGGUUAUACUAUCAUGCCAAAAUCACCGUCGCACUAUCCAAAUUUAAAUUUCAGCGUUAUUGAGAAAAAUGUUGAUACCUAUACUGUGAAUGGAUUGGCUCCAGGUGUCUCGUAUACGUUUGAAGUCACUGCGAAGAGGAAAAAUUAUUUUGGAAAACCUGCUUCAAUUGCCGGUACUACUAGUGGCAUGGCUUUGCCUACAGUUUUGAAGGUACAAGGAGAAUUAAUCAAGGCGCAAGGAACUACGGUGAAAUUGAGUUGGGAUCCUCCUAAAGAUUCGCGGAAAACCAAAUGGCAGUAUGCUGUACAUUACGCUGUCAAUAUGCAAGAUCUUUAUAAAGAAGCUAAGGUUAUAACGAGCCAUGUGGGAACAACAAUUCGUGAUCUGGAGGCAUGCAGCAAGUACAUGUUUUCCGUUGGUAUCAGGGAUAAUACAUUCGGAUCUGGUCCAUUGAGUGAGCCGUACAAAAUUGAGACGCAUUUCAGUCCGAGAGCUCGUCCCAAGCAAUUGAGAGUCUCACCUUCGGACAAAAUCGACACUAUAUUUGUCAGCUGGAGAGCAAGUUGCGAUUUAAUCGACACCCCAAUUAAUUAUACAAUCUUCGUCACUGAAUUGGUGCUGAAGAAACAAUCGACAAUUACAUUAAAUCCGACGAAUGACACUGUCAUGAAGCACAUGUUGAAAAAUAUAAAAUUGGGCGGAAAAUAUCAAAUAUCAGUCUCGACGGAUGUUGACGGUGCUAUUCCAACUGAACCAAUUAUUUAUAAUGCUCCUCCCAUUAUACCUCCUCAUCAAGUGAUAGUCGAAAAGCAGAAUGAUGAGAAAUAUAUCGUCAAAUGGGAACAAAGAAAUAUGUCCGACAGUUUGAAAAAUACUAAAUAUCAUUUCGAUGUUCUGAUAACAGAAGGAGCGAAUAUUGUCAACGAAACAAAUGCCAAAAUUUAUAGCAGUAAAAAAUCGCCAUUUGAAUUUGUUCCGGAAAAUAUUGACGCUAUGCACUCAAUUGCCGUGCGUUUAGUUAGUGAAGAAGGUUAUCACAGCGACCUGAGUGAAGUUGUCAGUCUAGCAAAUCCUAAUGCUGGUUUAGGAGCUUCGACAAUGAAUACAUCAAACAUUCUAUCUCUUGCCAUUCCAUUAUGUUUGCUCAUCGUAGCAUUAGGAGCAGCUCUGGGUUAUUUUGUUGUUAGACACAGAAGACUGUCAAAUAGUUUUACACAAUUUGCAAACAGCCAUUAUGAUACGAGGAGAGGUCAGGCAACUUUCCCUGGCACUACUGAUGGCCUAGAAGAAGAAGACAGUCCAGUGAUUAGAGGAUUUUCUGACGAUGAACCAUUGGUAAUGGCUUAAAAAAAAUUGAUGCAUAUAUACGUAAUAUACUAAAGUUAUGCGGACUACUAUGAUAAUAAUUGUAAUUAGAAUUAAAAUUUUAUUAAAAAAAAAACAGAGAAUGGUUUCACGUAAGUCACGCAAUCGACUGACCGUCGUCUCUUACGUUAAAUCUUUGUAUAAAAAACUAUUUCAUUAUUUUAUCGAGAAGUAGUUAGCAAAAGUAAUUAAUUUUUAAAGUAAAUUAAUUUUUUUGGCACCGCAGUUGCCAAAAAUGAUGCUUUUGCAUACAAAAAGCAAAGAAAAAAAAAAGAAACGAAAAGAAAGAAAAUCAUAGAAAAGAAAUAAGCGAAUGUAAAUCAUACAGGCCGCACUGUACAUAGCAAUCAUUUUCUAUGAACGACAUAUAAAAAUAUGAAAAUACUUCUCGAUUCUAGGAUGCCAUAUAUUAUAGUCGAUAUUUUAAACAGUUCAGUGCAGUGAUGAACCUCUCUUUUUAUUUUUCUGUUUUUACUUCAUUACGUUUCAUAAGUUGUUAUUUUAAGAGAUCGUCGUCGUUUCAUUGUCUAAAAAAAAUGAAAAGAAAUUUAUUGUUUUUUUUUGGCGAAAGAAAAGUUUAACAAAAAAAAAAGAGGAAAAAAAACAAAAAAAGCAAAAAAAAAAAGGAAAGACGAGGGAGAUAUCCAAUUUAAAUGUAAGAAUUAUAAAUAAAAAAGAAAACUUGAUCUCAACGCGAGAGAUCUGGUUCAAAUGUCGUCAAUUUUUUGCUGUGAAAAAUUCUGUUCCUAUUCAUAUUUGUACAUUCUUAUUAAUUACGCUAAUGAGUGACUUCGUUUUGAGUGAUUCGCCCUCGUGAAAAAAAUAACUUUCUGGCAGGCCCGUGUAAAGUUAGUCGUGAAAAUAUUGUUUCUUAUUUUUUAAUUACAAUAUUGUGAAUGAUGAAAAUUUCUCGAAGUUAUGAGGUAUUCAUAAUUUAUUUCCUUUUUCUCUUCGUACCUCAUUUCUACGUUGAUGUUUUCAUUCGAUUUUUUCCAUUUUUGUUUAAACAAUUAUUCAAUCUAUUGUUUUACACUAAAAUAGUUGAAAGAACUUUUUUUUUUUCAAAGCCACUGUCUUUUUGGGACAAUUCUCUUGCGAGUAAAUAUUUUCUUGAAAGUUAAUUAUUUAAUUUGGAUGUAAUGACAUUUGGAUGUAAAUUUCUUUAGGUAGAAAACAAAUUUAAUUUUCAUUGUAAGAGAAAUUAAAUUUUUUGUGUAAAUUUUUUUUUAAAUUAGAAAAGUAGAAAAAUUGAACUUAGGAAAAUUUUUCUAUAAAUUUAGAAUUCUUUUUCUAUCGAUGAAUAUUUUUUCUUAUCAAUCGCAAGAGAAUUUUCUGAAAUUAAUUAGUGAUAGUAAAGUGUAAAAGAAAAAUCUCUUUGAAAAAGGAGUCGAAUCAACCAAAGUUAAGCCCAGUGUCAGUGAUUGCCAAUGCAAUUAAAUAAUAAGUUUCUACUUUGUAAUGUGACGUUUUUUUUUUUAAAGUUGAAAACAAAGUUUCAAGCAAAUGGCUGUUUACUGACAGAAACUAUCUUAAACAGGUUGCCAAGAAAAUUGUUUUGUUAAUUUGAACCUUUAGAGGAGAUAAAUAAAAUGAUGAUAAUGAUGAUGAUGAUGAAGAUGAGGAAAAAAAGUAGAGCCAAAGAGUGAACUGAUAACGAUCAACUUAAAAAUAACCGUGUUGGUUAUUUUUGUGACUAUAUUAUAUAUAUUUAUAUAUAUAUAAAAAAAAGAAUUAACAACUUGUUUUUAUCCUUACGACUUUUUUCCCCGUUUCGAAUAUUAUAAUAAUUGGUAAUUUUCUUCAAGAGAUAUUGAACUGCGUUCCGAGCCAAAACUAAAAAAAAAUAAAAACAAUCAGAACCGAAUGGUUGUUAAAUUUAAACAAUAAAAUUAAGAUGUUAAAGUGUCUUUAAAAUACAAUAAUAAUAACAGUAUAAUGAUUAAUGUAUUGUGUCGACGUUUCGAGUUUGAGUAAUAGAUUUAAAUGUCCAAGGCGGGUAUUAAUUAUUAUGUAAAAAUUGAUGAAUUACGACGUUUUAAUUAAUUUUAUAAAUAGGAAGCUUCGAACAAAUUUUGGUUUUAAAGAAAAAAAAUAAUUGAUUUUUCUAAAAACGUAAUUCAGAAUAAUGUGAAAUUAUAAAGAAAGGUGAAUUUUAACAAAAAAGGGGAAAAACUACUUAAAAAAAAUUACUGUCUUUAGAAAAUUAAUUUCUUGCCUAACAAGUUUUUUGUUGUAAAAGAUUCUUUUAAAGAUUCUUAUAUUCUCUAAAGAAUCUUUCGAGUUCCAUUGAUAAAUUCAUUCGGGUGAUUAAUAAAGACUGAAAACCCUUUUAUUUUUAUAUUCUUUUCAUUUGCUUUUCUUUUUUUUUGAUAAAUAUUCUAUAAGCUUUUAAAUUAUUUAAACACUUCGCAACGAAAAUAAUCGACAUGUGUUUUUCGACACUAAUUAAAUGAUUAAAAAUUUUGAGAGUCUUCUUUGUUUUUUUAAACUUAAUAAUCGAAUUAAAAAAAAAACCUUCUUGAAGGUCUGUGAUACGAUAAGUCUGCAAUUUGUGAAUUUCUAAUGUUGCGUUUGUAUAGAAAGGAGAGAAAGAGAGAGAAAAAAAAGCAAAAAUGAUUCUUUUUUAGGUGAAUAAUGAUAAUAAUGAUAAUAAAAAAGAAACAUUUCAAAGCAGUAUUAUCAAGGACUGUAUUCUCGCCUUGUAAUUUUUAAAAAUUAUAUCUAAAUAGCUGUAUUUGCUAUAAAAAUGAUGAUGGAAAAUAAAAGAAAAACUCGAACCGAUUCGUUGAUUCGAUGCAUGAGUGAUUUAUAUCGCUAAUUUAUAUGUAGCCAAUACAUAUAUAACAGUGUCACACAAGUUUCUUUAAAAAUAAAUAAAAAACAAAAGAAAAAGAAAAAAUUGUUACAAUGAAAAAACAUUCUUACGAAAAAAUAGCAUAAAGGACUUUGAUAAAAAUUUCAAUUAAUAAUAAUUAUGUGAAGAGCAAGAUUGUAAUUGUAUUACUUGUACAUGUCGAGGGUUAUGUAGCGAUCAUCAGUGAUAUAAUAUAUUUACGUGUAAAUAAACGAAGUUCAAGCGCAA